GAUUAGAUAGAAAAAUGUACCUAUGAUUAUCAACCAAAUAUAUAUAUACAGAAACUACUUGAAACUGUUAAGCAUAUUCUUGUAUAUCAAUAAAUAGAUAUUGACUUUUACUUUUAUUAUGUCAUAAAUUCUUCUCAUUUAAUUGUUUUAUUGAUCAUUUAGUCCAAUUUUUAUUGAUAAAAAUAAAAUAUAUCUCGAUCAUAUUAUUAAUGAAUCUGAUGGAUCAUAUUUUGAACUUAAAGAACGACAUUUAUGCAAAAUUGAUACCAGUCAAGCUAAAAAUCUUGUUCAACCAGAGGAUACAUCUUCUGAUAAUGCUGGUCAAGAUAAUCGAAAUUUAUGUGAUGAAGGUACUGUUAAUCAAGUAUUACAACAAGAAGAAAUCGAACAAUUGAAAUCUGAAGGUGUAUCAGGUCAAUCAAUCAUUUCUCAACUUGUAUCCAAAAGUGCAACAUUUGACAAGAAAACAGUUUUUUCACAACAAAAAUAUCUAAAUAAAAAAAAGAAAAAAUAUAUUCAAAUCUAUCGAGCAUGGAAACCAAGUAUUCGUCUAUUAUGUCAAGCAUAUACACAUGAUCUUCAAAAAAUCAUGUAUUUAAGACGUGAUACAUUAGCUAUGCUAUUAUCAUUAUCAAAUGUGAAUCAUGGUUCAAACAUUGCCAUUGUUGAAUCAUGUCAAGGACUUAUAUUAGCUUCUGCUAUUCAACGUUGUGCUGGUGGUGAUGGUUUAAUAUUUAAUUUAACACCAGCUGGUGAACAUAAUUCCACUUCUCCAUGUUGUGAUUUUAUGGAUUUUUCAAGUGAAUCUACAGCGAAUGUUUAUACAAUUCCUAUUGAAAAUAUUGGUGAUACAAAUGCUGUUGAACGAGCUAAUCAAGUAAAACCAAAACAUGAAGAACCAACUGAAAAAUCUUUACAAGCAUUAGCUCGACGACAACGACGUUUUGAUGGUUUACAAUUAUUUGAAAAAACAAAACUUAAUAGUUUAAUUAUUGCAAGUAAAUAUGAUUCAUUAUCAAUUUUACAACAUUUAGUUGAUUAUCUGGCAAUAUCUUCACAUUUUGUCGUUUAUUCUCAAUCUAUUCAAACUUUAUUAGAAUGUUAUCAGUUUUUGAAAAAACAUGGUGGAACUAUUCAUGUUGAAGUAGCUGAUUCAUGGUUACGAGAAUAUCAGGUUAGACUAUCUAAAUAAAAACAAUAUUAUUGAAUAGUAAAACAGAUGACAUAGAACUUUAAAAAUCAUGAAAAAUUGAAUUAUACGUUAGAUCGAAAAAAGAACUAGAGCUUAAAUUUAUAUGAUUCUGCUUUGCUUGUUGAUUCAUAAAUAUAUCAAAUUAAGAUUCAUCUAUUUCUUGAACAUGGAGGAGAAAAAAAAGCAUUUUUUUUGUUCGAGUCUAUCAUGUUACAACAGAUGGUUACAAUUGAAUUAGAUUUAUUCUAAACUAGUCAACAUACAUAUAUGUAUCCAGAAUGAAUCAUUAGUAUCAAUGAAACAUGAUUUUACAGUCUAAAGAACAGUUGUAUGGUUCAUUUGAUAUUCAUUGAAAUUCAGUAAAAUAUAAUCUUCGCUUCAGUAAUAUUAUUUUUAGUUGUAAGCAAUGAAGCGGAAAAAAAAAGAAAAUUUAAAUAUAAACUUCGACGCGUGGUUUCAUUAUAGUUGUCUCUUAAAUUUUUAAAAAUCUUACUUAAGUUAAUAAUCGGAAAUGAAAUUUUUUG